CACACUAUUAUAAAGAUGGCGUUUAUUAAAGAGGAGAGUGAAGACAUAAAGAUUGAAGAAGCAUUCAGCGUGAAACAAGAAGAUACUGAGGAACAAACAGACCUGAUGACCCUUAAAGAGGAGAGUCAAGAACUGAAUGAAAUGGAAGAGAAAAAUCAGAAUGAGAAACAUAUUUUCAUAACUGGAGAAAAAUCCACACGUAAAAGAGCUAAGAAGACCAAAGCUAACAGUUCUUUCACCUGCCAACAGUGUGGAAAGAGCUUCAAUCAAAAACAAAACCUUAUAGUCCACAUUAGACUUCACACUGGAGAAAAGCCUUACACCUGCCAACAGUGUGGAAAGAGUUUCAGUCAGAAACAAAACCUUUUAGUCCAUAUGAGACUCCACACUGGAGAGAACUCUUUCAUCUGCAAACAGUGUGGAAAACGUUUUACUAAAAAACAAAACCUUGAUAUCCACAUGAGAAUUCACACUGGAGAGAGCUCUUUCACCUGCCAACAGUGUGGGAGCAGUUUCACUCAAAAAGGAAACCUUAAAGUCCACAUGAGAAUUCACACUGGAGAAAAGCCUUAUACAUGCCCUCAGUGUGGACAGAGAUUUGCACAUAAAAACACCCUUAAUUCCCACAUGAGAAUUCACACCGGAGAGAAGCUGUUUACAUGUGAUCAGUGUGAAAAGAGCUUCACAACAGAACUAAACCUUAGAUAUCACAAGAACAUUCACACUGGGGAGAAGCCGUUUGUAUGUGGUCAGUGUGGAAAGAGUUUCGCACAUAAGGUAACCCUUAAUUACCACAUAAGAAUUCACUCAGGAGAGAACUGUUUUAAAUGUAAUCAGUGUAGAAAGAGUUUCAGUCAUAAAAAAAGCCUCAGCACUCACAUGAGUCUUCACACUGGAGAGAAGCCUUACGCCUGCAAACUGUGCGGGAAGAGCUUCUCACAAAAAGGAAAUCUUAAAACUCACUCAAGGCUUCACACUGGAGAGAAGCCUUUCAAGUGUCUUCAGUGUGACAAGUGUUUCACAUAUCAAAGAGAUGUGAAACGUCAUUUGCAAACUCAUUCUGGACAGAAAUGGCAGAGUUCUGAGUGUGACAAGAGGUUAAGAAAAAACAGAAAUGUGAAAAAUCACCAGCGCAGUCACUCUGGAGGAAUGCCAUUUAAUUGUGAUCAGUGUAACAAAAAAUUUCUUUUGUCGUCACACUUACAGAUACACUUGAAAAGUCAUGAAAAUGUGAAACACUAUUUGUGUUCUUUGUGUGGAAAGAGGUUUAAAUGGUUCGGCAAAUUAAAAUUGCACCAGAAAAUAUGCGUCUGUGUGAAAUUAAGGAAACGUUCACACCGCAGCUGAAUGUGGGCAAAAUGUGAUUGUCGGCCUUUAUAACCCCUUCUUUUAUUUGCAUCACCUCUUUAUACUUUGCUUUUGGCUUUUUGUUUUCUUUUUUGCACAUUAACAUCUGUAUCUACACCUAACCAUUUACUUUGUUGUAGUUUCAAAUCUUGAGAGGUUGUGAUAUACACCCUCCAGUUUU